GCGGAGCCCUGGAGCGUCCGAGGAGAUCACGACGAGAGAGAGAGAAAGCAGAAAAAUGAAGCAGAUUUUCAAAACUCCCGACAAAUGAGUGUUUACCUCGGACGUGUGCGGAACAUUAGAGCAGGCUUCGUCUCGGUCGACAGCUCGUUUGGAGAAAGAGAGAGGGAGGAAAUAUCUGGGAGGAUUAAACGCAAGAGGCGGGGUGAGGAGGGGAAAAAAAAAAAUAGGAAGGACUUGAAUACCAGCUGCGACUAUUCCGGAUUACCCACUCGCUGAAAAAGGGAAAACAAGCGACGCACCGCGGACAUUUCUCAGUCCGGAGAGGAUGAGCUGACCCGACAGGAAACGUAGUGCUUUAAGUUGGAUUGCACUCCACCAGGCCUGGAUCUUUAUGUGUUUUUAUGUUGCUUUAAGUUCACUGUCGAUGCCUGUCUGAAGCGGUGUUUGCAGGAGCUGACUGUCAGUGUUAGAAGUGACUCGGUGCACAGGAUACUAACGCGAAGCAGAGCAGCUGAUUGUGCCGAUGCCCACGGCAGACUGCAGGUUACUCCAUCAUGGCCGGAUCAUGAGGUGUUUGACUUAUCUGCUCCUACUUCCAGAAACACUGAAAAAGUCCAAGAAGGUCGGCAAGCUCCCGGGCAGGCUGCCGGUAUGUUAUGAGAUCCUGUCCCUGACGAGAAGCAAGAAGCAGCAGCAGCAGCAGCAGCAGCAGAAACAGAAGGAGAAGAUGGCUGCGGAGUUGUACCCCUCCAACACCAACAACACCAAUCUGUCCAGCGGCACCACGGUGGCGGACACCGAGAAGACCAAGGAGGUGCAGGUGAGCCAGGCCAGCUGCAGCAGCAGCAGCAGCGCGGCGACCACCCCGACCACCCAGCAAAACAUCAACAACAACAACAUAGAUCCACCCAGCUGGCAGUGCAGCCACCCCACACUGAGAGAGAGGAACGCAUUGAUGUUUAACAAUGAGCUCAUGGCUGAUGUCCACUUCAUCGUCGGCCCCUUGGGGGGGUCGCAGAAGGUUCCAGCGCACAAGUAUGUGCUGGCCGUGGGAAGCUCCGUCUUCUGUGCAAUGUUUUAUGGUGAUCUGGCGGAGGAGGAGUCUGAGAUCCAUAUCCCAGAUGUGGAACCUGCUGCUUUUCUAAUUCUGCUGAAGUAUAUGUACAGCGAUGAGAUCGACCUGGAGGCGGACACGGUGCUGGCCACCCUGUACGCCGCCAAGAAGUACAUUGUUCCCGCGCUGGCCAAGGCGUGCGUCACCUUCCUGGAAACGAGCCUGGAGGCGAAGAACGCCUGCGUGCUGCUGUCCCAGAGCCGCCUGUUCGAGGAGCCCGAGUUGACGCAGCGCUGCUGGGAGGUGAUCGACGCUCAGGCCGAGCUGGCGCUGUGCUCCGAGGGCUUCUGCGAGAUCGACCUGCAGACGCUGGAGAUCAUCCUGCGGCGGGAGACGCUCAACACCAAAGAGGUGGUGGUGUUCGAGGCCGUCAUGAACUGGGCCACGGCGGAGUGCAAGAGGCAGUGCUUGGGUCCGACGACCCGCAACAAACGAGAAGUCCUCGGCAAGGCGCUGUUCUUGGUGCGCAUCCCCUCCAUGAGCCUGGAGGAGUUCGCAGACGGAGCGGCGCAAUGCGACAUCCUUACACUGGAGGAGACGCACAACGUGUUCCUGUGGUACACCGCGGCUAAAAAACCCGACCUGGACUUCCCUUUGACUGCGCGGCAGGGCCUGUCGCCUCAGAGGUGCCACCGCUUUCAGUCCUCGGCCUACCGGAGCAAUCAGUGGCGUUACCGGGGCCGGUGCGACAGCAUCCAGUUCGCGGUGGACAAGCGGAUCUUUAUCGCCGGUCUGGGGCUGUACGGGUCGAGCGGGGGCAAGGCCGAGUACAGCGUCAAAAUCGAACUGAAGAGACAGGGGGUGACCUUGGCGCAGAACCUGACAAAGUUUGUGUCGGACGGCUCGAGCAGCACGUUUCCCGUGUGGUUCGAGCACCCUGUUCAGGUGGAGCAGGACGCCUUCUACACGGUGAGCGCCGUGCUGGACGGGAACGAGCUGAGCUAUUUUGGUCAGGAGGGCAUGACGGAGGUGCAGUGCGGGAAGGUGACAUUUCAAUUCCAGUGCUCCUCCGACAGCACCAACGGGACCGGAGUACAGGGAGGACAGAUCCCCGAGCUUGUGUUCUAUGCAUAAGCCGCUCUCGGACUGCCGAUGGAAAAUGAUCCUCGCCCUCCCAGCCUUCAAAGUAAUGUAGCAUUAAAGACACUUGACUAAUGUCACACUAAAUGGCCUGGUUAGUUCUUUGAGAGACUAUUUUCAAAGCCAAGGAGCUGUUCUUUUAUCUUAUUUAAUUUAAUGUUAUUUUUUCUUAUUUAAAUUCUCGGUUUAACGUUAUUUGCUCUGAUGCCUGUGUUCAAAGGCUGCGGCUGCUGUAGAAACAACAUAAUACGCUGAUUUGUGGUUAUGUAAUCAAAGCUGAGCUCCACAACUGGAAUAAGUAGGGACUGCUUCAAAAAUUGUGUAAUUGCAAGUCUAUAUACGAUGUUGUUGCUAGAGUCGGAGCAGCAGAAUUAGACGAGGAGCAGAAUUUAUGUAGUGUUAUGAUUCUAAAUGCAAAAAAAAAAGUAGAAUAUCUUGUCGUUUUGCACUUCAGAGGAUGGCCUCGGAAACAUUGUGUCUUUUUGUAAAAAUACAAUUUAACUGUUAGCAGCUUGAUGCUGUUAAAGAUGACCAGAUGUGUUCUGUACAAGAAUGCUUAUACACCUGAUGAUGAAACAUAAAAAGGUUAUAAUGUGAA